AUGCUUGUGCUGGCGCUCAUGGUUCCUCGUCUUCUCCAUUAUCCUGAGAAAUUUCGAGAUCUUCGAUGGGAGAACAGGGAGCGUUCUCACCAGGCGAAGGUGGCACGAUCUACUAGUCCAAAGCGCUACUGCGGCUCUGACUUUCCUAUCGGAACUUUCGUCGCCAGUUUCCUUGGCGUGGCGCCUGCUGUCCUUGUCGGCAUUUCUAAUCGCACUAGCGUUCAGUUUGCGUGGCCACCGAAUAUUACUGGUGUCGAACGUAUCGUUCUGUCUGCUCAUGGAGACCUCCAAAGACUCCUCAGCGCAUUUUUCUCCCGGUCGAUCAAUGUCGCACUUAUAUACUCGCACACUACUGUCGAGGACCCGUCUGGCGUUUCUACGUCAUAUCCACCGUCGCUUUCUGCACUUCCCCAUCCCUCUCCCACCGCCCCUCUUGUCCAACAGCGGCAGGUGCAUCUCCUGUGCGGAAGCAGCGUUGUGUGCGUCGCUACGUCUACGGUGCGUGUCACUGCUGCGGCACCUGCACAACUAUUCUUCGGCCAGAAGUACGCUAUCGGACAAGUCUUCCGGAAGAUGGGAUGCAUCCCAGAAUUCGAGCUCGUCGAAGCUGGCGUCGAUGGCCUCGGUGGACCAGGAUCCCUCUGGCGGAAGUACAAGCUGUAUACCGAGGGCUUCGCGUGCGAGAUUUUGGAAGUUUUUCCGAACAGAGAUAUGUUCGUGCGCGGAGAAGCAUGGCUGAACGAUAAACUUACUGCGUCUGCUUCGCCAAGAUUCGAGUUUGCGAGGGAGGACAUAACGUCGGAGGAAGUUAUGGUCAGGAACUGA